CAUCACUAGUCACAUGCUAGUCCAGCUGGAUCAGCUGACUCCUCUCCGCUUCUCCUUUUGAUGCUCCUGGCUCCUCCAUCGCGCCCCAAAACAGCGUUAUUUGGUGAUCUUGGCGUUACUGGCGUCACAUUUUAACUCGGAGACGAGUUCACAUCGCGGAUCCAGCAGGUUUUACCGGCGGAUAGAUGCUGCUAGAGUGGAUGAUGAACGGACACGCUAUCCUGUACACGGGGGUCACUUUGGCCUUCUGGAGCACCAUCCUAGUCGUCGGUAUCUGCUACACUAUAUUUGAUCUCGGGUUCCGCUUUGAUGUGGCAUGGUUCCUAACGGAGACUUCUCCUUUCAUGUGGGCCAAUCUGGGCAUCGGCUUGGCUAUCUCUCUGUCUGUGGUGGGAGCAGCCUGGGGGAUCUACAUCACUGGCUCCAGCAUCAUUGGUGGUGGUGUCAAGGCUCCACGAAUCAAAACCAAGAAUUUGGUCAGUAUCAUCUUCUGUGAAGCUGUGGCCAUCUAUGGGAUCAUCAUGGCCAUUGUCAUCAGCAACAUGGCGGAGAACUUCAAGGGAACCACCCCUGAGACCAUCGGGGCCAGGAACUACCAAGCUGGUUACUCCAUGUUCGGAGCCGGUCUGACUGUGGGCUUCUCUAACCUCUUCUGUGGGAUCUGUGUGGGCAUCGUGGGCAGCGGAGCAGCGCUGGCAGACGCCCAGAACGCCAGCCUCUUUGUCAAGAUUCUCAUUGUGGAAAUCUUUGGCAGUGCAAUCGGCCUGUUUGGUGUCAUUGUAGCCAUCCUGCAGACAUCGAAAGUAAAGAUGGGUGACUAGAAGAUGCCAUUCCAAUGCUGAAAAGAUAAUAAGACACUGCUGGAAAAUAAGAUGGAUUAUUGUGUAAAUACAUCGUAAAUUAUUUAAAUGUCUCUAUUUGCCUGGUAUUGUUUUUAACCAUCAUUUAUGCAAGAGUGGUACGUGCACACUCCGACUGUCUUUUCUCAAGAGAAACAUGAAUGUUGAAUAAGAAAAGUGGGGGGAAAAAAAUCACCAGUGUUCUGUGUGCAUUUCUUAAUAGAACUGUACCACGCCUACAGUUAAGCUACAGACAGAAUGUACGAGAAUUGAAUGAUUUUAGAUCUGUUUUCCUCCGUCUGUAGUCUUGAGAGCUGUGAAGCUAAUCUGCAGCUGUAUCAGGAUUAAAUGGCCUCAAAACUCACAGAUAGGCUCAUUGCAGUUGAUUUCUGUAACCACUCUUUGAUGAACGAUUAGUUAAAAAUGACACCAGAGUAUUUGAAAAUAUUUGUGUGUGUGUGUGGGUGCGUGUGUGUGUAUGCUGGACACGUGAUUUUUCUUUUUCCCCGCGAAGCAUGAAGGUGUUUACCAUUGUCUUUAUUACUGUAGCCUGGUCUUGUCAGUUUUUUUUGUUUUGUUUUUCUAACUGUUCUUUGCGAAUAAUAAGCAAGUGGUCCUUACUGCACGCAGUGGCCCAGAUCCAGUGUUUGUCAGGCCUCCCGCUGUAGAAGUGACAGAGAAUCUAUGAUGUUUUGAGUUGGUGUACUGAACAGGAAUCAUUAGUAAGGUCACUGAAGAGUUGGACAGGCAGAAGAGAGUCAGAUCACAGCAGCAGAUCUGCUCUAAAUACGUCAUCCCAAAUGUUAUGGAGCAAAUAUGUCUGCAUUUAACCCUAUAAAGCCUGAACCGUGAAAUAAUUGCCAGAAAAUUCAAAAUUUUCAAAACUGGAGUGUCUGUUGAACCGGCUAACAUUUUUUAAAAUUCUAUAUCAAUUUUCAUAUAUGAAUUUAAUUUGGAUCAUAUUUGAUACAUCAGGUCUUUUUGUGCAACUUGUUGCUCACAAUUUGCUUUUCUUGAACUCACAUAAUCAUAUAAAACCUAAUAUUUUUAACCAAAUAAAACUUUCCUUUUAACAUUUUCCUCAAACAUACAAAAUACUUUUUUCCAUAUAAAACAACAUCAUACAUCUGCUGAUAUGAAGUUUUCACGCAUCUGGUACAUCUGGUAUUUUUGUUGCUCAGUUUUUUUUAAUCAUCAAUUCAUGUAUUCAUCAGGUUUUUCAGGAAAAGAAAAUAUCACACUGAUGAUGUAGAGGUCUUAAAAACGUAUGUAUCAAAUAUGAUACACUUGGCUUCAUAGGGUUAAAACCAAUGAGCAUCCUGAAUAUAGAUGCCAGCCAUAACUUACUUGUUUACCCUGGAUUGUCCAUUUUUUAAAUGUCCUUUUCACUAGUUUUAACAAAGAAUUAGACAAGAAGUGUUCAGUGUUGAUUAGAGGGAAGCCUAAAAAAUGUACAUACCAAGAAUACGUUUACUUUGUAGAUGCUCAAGUUAGCAAAGUCAAAAUUGCUAACAUGUCUCAAGUCACUAUUCAACCACCCAGUCUCCAGAAAAACAAAUGUUUUCAUUGUUCAUUUCUGCAAUGCACAGAUAUGAAAUGUCUUUUUGGCAUCCUUCUCUUUAUCAGUAUCUUUAUGAGAUGCAUGUGUUUGGGUCCCAUUUUUGUGAAACCAAAAUUCUAUUUUGUUAUUUUAAGUCAGCCUGUAAAUUAAGUUUUGUACUUAAAUAUGUCACAUUGAGCCGCGUCCAGUAGUUCUAUGUUCAGGAGGAGUACAGGAGAACAUUUUCUUAACUUUAACCAAGUAGUUUUGUGUAAACUCACAACAUUAACAACAUUAAGGUUGAGAUUCAAUCCAUCUGUGGUUUGCAGAAUUGUACAAUUCCAACAUUUUCUCUGGCAAUUGGGUUGCUAUUCAACCUUCUAUUAUCUCAGACCCUAAUGAGGACUUUGUUUUUGAGAGCACGUCAGUUACUCGUAUUACCUUAGACUCAACAGUAGCUGUUAUUUGUUGUACUAGAGAUAUUUGGGCAAAUCAUUUAAACUCCAUCACAUAAAUAAGGGAUACACGUGUUUAAAAUCCUUAUUUUACACAGAUAUCACAUUCUACAAAUCUUCCAUUUCUUUGUUUUAACGAACUGUCUUCUUUUGAAUGUAUGUCUUAACAUGUUAGCUUUCCAAGUCUGUGUUCCCAGAUUAUUUUCUAACAUUCCUCAAAGAAGCUUAAUGUGUGUGUGUGUGUAAAGCCGAGUCUUGUUUUUGUGGGUAGAGUGCAAUUUGAAUAACAAAAUUA